CACCACAUGAGAGUACUGGAUAGUGAAUAGUACUGAUAUAGGGUAGCCAAUCCUCCAGACUCGACAGCUAAAGAAGCAAAAAUGGCGAGACUGCAACUGCUCCAACUGCAACAGCAUCCUAAUCUCUUCAAACCAUGCUUUCUCUUUCCUCCGAAUAAACUUACUAAGCUGUAUUCUGCUACCCCUUCUUGUCGCACCUUUUCUUCAUUUCGUUGUUUGUCCUCUAAUUCUGAUCACAUCAACCAGAGCUCUUCCAACAGUGAAUCAAAUGGGUCGAUUAUUGGGGAUUUUCUCAACUAUCUCAAUGAAUCUUGGACCCAAUUUCAUGCUACUGCUGAAGCGAAGAGACAACUGCUUGUGGCUGGAUUCCACCUGCUGAACGAAAAUGAGGAGUGGGAACUUGAGCCUGGUGGUCGAUACUUCUUUACAAGAAAUAUGUCUUCUUUGGUUGCUUUUUCCAUUGGUGAAAAGUACAACAUUGGCAGUGGAUUUCAUGUCAUUGCAGCUCACACUGACAGUCCGUGUCUUAAACUAAAACCAAUUUCAGCAUCUUCAAAACCUGGAUAUCUAAUGCUAAAUGUGGAGACCUAUGGAGGGGGUUUGUGGCACACUUGGUUUGAUAGAGACUUGAGUGUGGCUGGAAGAGUUAUAGUGAAAAGUGAAGGUGGUUCAUUUACUCAGAGACUAGUGAAAGUAAAGAGGCCAUUGUUACGUAUACCUACUCUCGCUAUUCAUCUUAACCGAACAGUGAAUCAGGAUGGUUUCAAACCUAACCUUGAGACGCAUCUUGUUCCAUUGCUGUCCAUAAAACCUGAAGAAGAGCUUUCAGAGUCCAAAGAAAAGGGUCCCAAAAAAUCUUCUAAUGCUUGGCAUCAUCCGCAACUUCUGGAGGUUUUGUCAGAAGAACUGGAUUGUAGUGUUGAAGACAUAGUGACUGUUGAGCUUAAUGUUUGUGAUACUCAACCCAGCUGUCUAGGGGGCAUGAACAAUGAGUUUAUUUUUUCUGGAAGAUUAGAUAAUCUUGCUUCAAGUUUUUGUGCCCUAAGAGCUUUUAUUGAUUCUUGUGCAUGUCCCAAAGAUUUGUCUAAUGAAGAUGCUGUACGGAUGGUUGCUUUAUUUGAUAACGAAGAGGUGGGUUCUAACUCAAUUCAAGGUGCUGGUGCACCAACAAUGUUUCAAGCUGUGAGACGCAUAGUUAGUUGCUUGGCUCAUGAAAAUAUUGGUGAGGGCGCUGUAGAAAGAGCAAUACGACAAUCCUUUUUAGUCUCAGCUGACAUGGCUCAUGGAGUACACCCAAAUUUUAUGGACAAACAUGAAGAAAAUCAUCGGCCACAAAUGCAAAAGGGGCUCGUAAUAAAACAUAAUGCAAAUCAGCGAUAUGCUACUAGUGGGGUUACUGCUUUUCUUUUUAAAGAAGUAGCAAGAAUCCAUAACCUACCUACUCAGGAAUUUGUGGUAAGAAAUGACAUGGGCUGUGGAUCUACUAUUGGGCCCAUACUUGCUACAGGUGUUGGGAUCCGAACUGUCGAUUGUGGCAUUGCUCAACUUUCCAUGCACAGUGUGAGGGAGAUAUGCGGAAAGGUUGACGUAGAUAUUGCUUAUAAGCAUUUCAAAGCAUAUUACCAAACAUUCUCGAGCAUCGACAAAAGAUUAUCUGUUGAUUAGCAUGUCAACUUCAAGCUUUUUUCUACUCUUCCAUAAUGUGCAUCAGUAGAUGGAACAUCUUUUCCACAUUUGGUUUUCUGUUGAAGUGUUGAGACUGCAGUCCUUGAAGUUAAAAUUAUAUCUCUUCAUUUACUAGUCGAAGAUUCAUCGAGCUUCUUCCUUCGGGGCAUCAGUUUAGCGAGAUGUGACAGAAAAUCUUCUUAUCAGUUCCACAUCAGACAAAUGCAAAAUGAACAACUUUCCUAAAAUGGAACUUUGGAAAACAGUCAGCAAAAAAUGCAAGGGAAAGAAGUGAUCAGGAAAAUUUGCAUACUUCUAGAGUAUAACUGGUAACAGUCGCUUAUCAAUUGGUUGUAUCAGAAUUUGAUUGUUAACUAAAGUGGUUACAAAUACUAUGAUGUUAUUGAUAUUUAUAUAUUUUUUUUUAAAUUUAGACACUUGUACUUAGACCAGUUUGACCAAGUUAAAUUUAAAAAAUAAUAGAAGUGAUAAAUUAUGUUGA